AUGAUACAGAGUUUCUUAAAAUCAUAUUCCGAAAUUCAGGUGUACUUGCUUAGCAAGCAAGAAUUAAAUCGACUAGCCACUGUUGAUAUUACCAUCUUACGGCAGUUAGAAUUUUUUUUAUCAAUAUUUAAAGAAUGCUCGGAAAAUCUGAGUGCCGAUUCUCAUCCCACAUUAAAUGAAGUUUAUCAGUGGAGACAAAAAUUAUUACAGUUUUGUCAACCCUCUGAAGGGGAUACAACAAUAAUAGAAGCCUUAAAAAUCAGGACUGGAUGUCUUUUAAAAGAAAGAUUCAUCAUGCAGCCCCUACAUAAAGUAGGCUUUAUUUUGGAUCCCAAUUUCAAAAGCCUUAAGUUUUUAUCAGAAGAAGAAAAAAACGAUAUAUAUAAAACUACCAUAAAAAUGCUAAAUGUCAUAAAAUAUGAUAUGAAUAAGUCAAUGCCAAAUCUAGAUGAUACUGAUAUACCCUCACCAUCUAUCGAAGAAAACGGCGAGGAUGAACUUAAAAGAUUCAUCGCUCAGAAGACAAAUAUUAAUGAUAGUAUUUUGAAGUUUUGGAAUCAUGAAAAUUCGUUUCCUUUUUUAAAAAAAUUGGCGAGUAAAAUUUUAUCCGCCCCUGCAAGUUCGGCAUCUAGUGAAAGAUUGUUUUCUGUAGCCAAUCACUUGUUGGAGGAAAGGCGUACUCAAUUAAAAUAA